GUACAGUGAUUCAAGCAGUUUCGGAUUUCAAGCAGUUCCGGAUUUUUAAAAAUAAAAACAAUGGAAUUAAAUAAUUAAAAAAUUCUGUUUUACACGAAUUUUAGUGUGAAUACAAAUGUGUUCACUGUAGAUGUUUAUGACGGUAAACCGAGUUCCGAGCAUCCGUUUUUCUCUCCGUUGUCAGGUUAUUUUGUUUACUACCCAAAGCGCUUGAGUGACUUUGAUUGACCAAAACACGUGUUGUCGAGAAAGUUGGAGGUAAGUCGAUAUACUUUUAAAAGGCAUAUGAUUUUGGCUCGAAGCUUAAUGAGAGACUAUAGUUGUUGUCUACCUCAUGAGUUAUUGUUUUCAUUGAAAUGUUUGCGAAUUACAAAUUAAAACGCAUAAUUCACAACGUCUUAAUUCAAGUAGUUCCGGGUUCAUCCCAUAAUGGCUUUCUCAAAAGUGUAUUUUAAAUAUUAGAUAAGUUAUACACUAAAAAUCGGUUUGUGUGUAUUUUUAAGGUUUUGAAUAUGUGUAGUAGAGUUGUGAAUGUACAUAAUUAAUUUCUAAGUAGUUUGAGAAGCUGAAAAACCUGCGAUUUAUAUUGCCUUUUCAUGAAACUUUUUUUUCUUGUUUCAUAUUUCUCUAAUACAAGUUUACUCUCAACAGUUCGUUUUAAUAUUGUAUUUGAUGUCAGAAUAGGAAUGAUUGAAAAGAGUAAAAUUUUAUAAGCUGACACCCUUUUUAAUUAUAAUGUCAUGUAGUAUAAAUUUUAUCCGAUAUUUUCAGCACAGGUACAUUGUAUAAGAGUGAGCGACAAAAUGAGGAGUAAGAAAAAGAGGAGACUAACUGUAACUCAGAAGAGAACAAGUCCAGCUGCAAAAGUGGCAGAGGUUAUUACCAAGAAAUAUAAAAGCAGAUAUCUUAAAUCACCCUCAAAAGGACAAAGAGUGCGGAGAGCGCUAUAUGAUGUCAAGACAAAGAAGAGGCCGACUCCCAAAGAAAGGUCAGAAGUUGUUGAUUCCUUACGUGAUGUGUCAAGUGUUACAGUACGAAAACAUUUUUUAUUAGAGAACUGUGUAAUUAAGGGAUAUCACAAGUUCCAAAUUAGACCACCUGAUACAGAUCCCCAUACAAUGCUCCCGGUGGACAGAGAGUACACAAACACUCAUGAUCCUAACGCAUGCCUCAUUUGGAUUCCACCACUGGACACUUUUAGUCGGGAAAUUCAUGAGACUGUUACCGAUGCUAAAAGAGGUCUAUUACUUCAAGAUGUAGCUGGUCUUCCGAUAGGUCAUAUUCCUUUGGGUUUGUCCAGUUCCUUCCGAAAAAUUCUUGACGAGAAAGGAGAUAUAUUUGCUGAGGCAACUGGAGAUCCUACUCCUAGCUUUCCACCAUGGCCAGCUCCUACAGAUUGUGGCGGAGGGACUGUGAUACCGUGCAAUUACCACAUUUAUCAUAUUCACAAAGACUUUGUCAUGAAUUUGUUGAGACAGGCACUAAUUAAUAUGCCAGAGGGGGAGUUCAUAAGAUUACAAUUAGUUUAACUUGCAUGGUCCUACAUUUUGCAUGGUGCUAUAUUGGUGCAGUUAGGGAAAUUUCCCUUUCCUUAUAUCAAGACACUAUUUUUUUGCAAUUUUCUCCUUUUUUGAAAAGGAUUUAUAUAAGUGAUAAGUGUGGUGAAAUAAAGGUACGUGUUGUACAUGAUAUUACAUGUAUUUCAUUAUAUAGUUCUACUACUUAGUUUUUGAAUCUAAUUAGUUUUUGUAUUUAAUAUUUUUAUUAUUAUUUUUUUUUUCAUUUUGCCAAGAUGUGCCAAAUAUUUUUCCCCCUUUGUUUGUAUGUUUUACAUUUUUUAAAAGUCAAGAUAGGACAUUUUUAUACCUGCCUAUUUUAUUUUGUUUUCAAUUUUGUUAAUAAAAAAGUUCAAACUGUGUCUCUAUUCUUGUUAUGAUAUUCUGAUCAAUAUACUGUCUUGUCUUAUCGUUUAUAAUGAUUUUUGAGACCAACCCCCUUAUUGAAAUGACGAUUACCGGAACUACUUGAAAAAUACGAAACUACUUGAAAUUUGUGAAAUUUAUUUUCGGAAAUUUGGCUAUGUAUUUCAUCGUUUCCAACAAAAUCUUUUGGUGUGUUUAGCAAGUGAUUGGAGGAGUAUUUGAUUCAUCUUAGAGCUGAGAGAUAAGUACAUCCAAACGAAAGUAAUCGAAUUUCCCC